CGCUGUGCGCUCCUGACGCGCGCUCUCUCUCUCUCUCUCUCUCUCUCUUUCUCUCUCUCUGUUCAGGAUGUUCUGGUCUCCUUCUCUUCACCUUUCCCACUGCCUGUGACUGUGCCUGUGCCUGUGAGUGUGCCUGUGACGUUGCUGUGGGAGUUCCUGGUGAAGGGGCUGGACCUGCUCCUCUGUCCGCCGCUUCUCCUUCCCACUGGCUCUAUAUUGAUUGAACUACCACUGUAGGUACACGCUCGUCUCCGGGCUCACAAUGGGAAUGUAUCUCCAUCUGCUGUUUCUGCAGUACUAUUUUGUCUCGAGUUUGGUGUGCCACGCCGUCGCUUUCGUGGAGGAGCCCUCCGGAGGCAGGUCGGACGGGUACUGCGGGCGGAUCCUCCGGGCUCAGACCCAGGGGACCCGGAGGGAUGGGCACCAUGAGUUCAGGAUCCGAGUGGAGGGGGACCCGGAAGCCUACCAGCCGGGCAGCACCUACAGAGUGGUCCUCCUGGCAACCAGCCCUGCUUAUUUCAGAGGUUUCACCCUCAUCGCGCUGAAGGAGGGCAGAGAGGGCACCACGGACGACGACUACACCGGCCAGUUCCAGAACAUUGAUGAGGACGACACACAGUUCAUGACCAACUGUGCCCCUGCGGUAACAGAGAGCACACCUCGCCGACGCACCAGGAUACAGGUCUUCUGGACGGCGCCACCUUCUGGGUCCGGCUGUGUUAUACUGAAGGCCAGUAUUGUCCAGAAGAGAAUCAUUUAUUUCCAGGACGAAGGCUCUCUCACUAUUCGACUGUGUGAGAAAGAGCAUGUGUUCGGUGAAGCUACAGAGGCUCCUGUUAUGGAGUGCUGCGCCUGCGGAACAGCCAAGUACAGACUCACCUUCUUCGGCAACUGGUCAGAGAAAGUACAUCCCAAAGACUACCCAAGACGAGCCAACCACUGGUCAGCUCUGAUCGGUGCGUCUCACACCAGACGCUACGUGCUAUGGGAGUACGGAGGCUACGCCAGUGAGGGCGUCCGUCAGGUCGCUGAGUUUGGCUCCCCCAUCAAGAUGGAAGAAGAGAUUCGACAGAAGGGAGAUGAAGUGCUGACUGUCAUUAAGACUAAGGCUCAGUGGCCGGCCUGGCAGCCGCUCAACCUGCGAGCUGCUCCAUCAGCAGAGUUUUCUGUGGACCGGACCCGUCACUUGAUGUCCUUCCUCACCAUGCUCGGGCCCAGCCCAGACUGGAAUGUUGGGCUGUCAGGAGAGGAUCUCUGUACCAAGGAGUGUGGCUGGGUCCAGAGGCUGGAGACGGAGCUCAUUCCCUGGGAUGCAGGCACUGACAAUGGUGUCACAUAUGAGUCACCCAACAAGCCUACAUUUCCUCAGGAGAAGAUCCGACCCUUGACCAGUUUGGACCACCCUCAGAGCCCGUUCUAUGACCGCGAGGGAGGGGCAAUUACCCCUGUAGCCAGGGUGGUGGUGGAACGCAUCGCUAGAAAGGGGGAGCAGUGUAAUGUGGUCCCAGACACCAUAGAUGACAUCGUUGCUGAUAUUGGACAAGAGGAGAAGGAGGAAGAUGACACACCAGAGACGUGUAUCUACUCCGGCUGGUCUCCCUGGUCGGCCUGUAGCAGCGCUACGUGUGAAAAAGGCCGCAGGAUGAGGCAGAGGAUGCUGAAGGCCCAGCUGGACCUCAGCGUGCCGUGUCCCCACACUCAAGAUUUCCAGCCCUGCAUGGGACCGGGAUGCAGGAUGGAGGAGCCGUCAACGUGUAUGAUGUCAGAGUGGAUCAGCUGGUCGGCCUGCAGCGUGUCGUGUGGGAUGGGGAUGAGGUCCAGGGAGCGAUAUGUCAAACAGUAUCCUGAGGACGGCUCGCUCUGCCAGCUCCAAACCGAGGAGACGGAGAAGUGUGUCGUCAACGAUGAAUGCUCACCCAGCAGCUGUGUGGUGACUGAGUGGGCUGAGUGGGACCCCUGCAGCGUCACUUGUGGCCUGGGUAUGAGAAGACGUGAGCGCAUGGUGAAGAUGCCUCCCAUAGACGGAUCAAUGUGUAAGACCGAGGUGGCAGAAGUGGAGAAAUGCAUGAUGCCAGAAUGCCAUACCAUCCCCUGCAUGCUGUCUCCCUGGUCUGACUGGACUGAGUGCAGUGUGACGUGCGGGCGGGGCCUACGAACACGUCAGCGGAUGCUGAAGUCUGAUCCUGCCGGGUGCACUGAGGAGCUGGAGCAGACAGAGAAGUGCAUGCUGCCCGACUGCUCCGUCGACUGCAUGGUCUCUGAGUGGACAGAGUGGUCCGAGUGCAACAAGUCCUGUGGUAAAGGACACACCAUUCGAACCCGUAUGGUCAAACUGGAGCCUGAGUUUGGGGGCAGCAUUUGCCCCGAGACCAUCCAGAGGAAGAAAUGCAAGAUCAGGAAGUGCCGGACGAAAACGAAGGAGGAGAAAGGAGGUGGAGGUGGAGGUGCAGGAGGAGGAAAGAGAAGGAGACGGGGUAAACAGGGAAGAGAUGCAGCGGCCGAGGAGCAGCCAGGUUGCAGGAUGCAGCCGUGGACCAGCUGGACGGACUGUACCAAACCAUGCGGAGGGGGGAUCCAGGAGCGUUUCAUGAUGGUGAAGAAAAGAGCUAAAGGCACCGUGAUGGCCAGCUGUAAGGACCGGAAGGAGAUCCGUGCCUGUAACAUUCAUCCCUGCUAGGGGGCACUACUGAGCUACAGAGGAGGGGGGGGGGGGGGCAGCAUGUUAAAUACAUGAAAAUAUGGGUUCAUUUGAUAAAGAUGACAAUGGGGAACUUUUUGUGUACAGGGAGGUGAGAUGAGGGCGAGAUGAUGGGCUGGUUUUACACUUUGGAAACAUGAUAGGAGUUUAGGUAAGUAGAGGGGAAGAGAGGAGGAAGGAGGAAGAUGAUAAUGUUCUGUUUAGUGAAGCCAUUGUAGGCAUUUAGUUAAUAGGGCUGACAUUUACUUUAGACCACAAUGGAAAUGUUAGAGAGUCAUGUCUAUGUCCUGCAAAAAAACAAACAAGAAACAACUACGGUA